UUUUCUUGCACAACUUUCUCAUUACAGCUUAUUCCCCGCUGUCUGUGACUGUCUGUCUUCCCAAUUCCAAAAUCCCCAAUUCCCUCUCCGCGUAUCUCAAAAUUCCUUCUUCUUCGCUGCUCCUUCACCCCCACGCGGACACCACAAAUUGAUGAUCUUACCUACACUAGAUGCUGAUUAUAUAGCGUUUUUUUUUUUUUACCUUCUUCGGCGUCGACUUAAGUUUCGAAGAUUUGGGGCGGGUUCAGAGUAUCCAUCCAUGGCGGCCAUUGCUGUUCUUUUCCACUUUCUGUUUCUCUUCAAUUUGGGCGUUAUUGAAGCCCAAUCCCAACCCCAACCCCCGCCGCCGCCGCCUUCCGACGCCUGCAACGGAAUAUUCCUCUCCUACACAUACUCCACCGGAAAAGCCGUGCCGCCGAUUCUCAAGUCGGAUCCGUCGCGGCAAGCGUACCGAUUCGAGUCGGCGUUUUCCAUUGUCAACAACGACCGGGAUGAACUCAAAUCGUGGCGUGUGUUCGUCGGAUUUCAGCACGACGAGUAUCUGGUCUCCGCUUCCAAUGCCGUGCUCGCCGACGGGACUUCGAUUCCCGGGGGAGUCGGAAACGGGUCGGUCUUUGCGGGCUACCCGAACCCGGAUCUGAAGACUGGAAUUGAGACUGCCGGAGACUUGACCCAGAUGAGCGUCCAGGUCAAGCUUGUCGGGACUCAAUUCGGCGUCGCGCCGCCCCAAUCUCCGAUGCCGGCGAAUAUAUCCCUCGCGAACGAUGGCUGGGUUUGCCCUAAACCCGCCAUGAAAGGGAACAGCACAAUGGAAGUAUGCUGCAUCAGGGAUCCGAAAUUCAAGACCAACGUCACCACCGGCGACGAAUUCUUGCCACGACAACAAGGAGAUCUAACGAUAAUGUACGAUGUUACAAGAACCUACGAAUCCAAUUACUGGGCACAUGUGACGAUCGAAAACCACAACCCUCUCGGCAGGCUGGAUAAUUGGCAGCUAAGUUGGGAUUGGAUGGAAGACGAAUUCAUUUUCGCCAUGAAAGGAGCUUAUCCAUCUCUGGUAGACACAUCCGCCUGCGUCCUCGGCAAGCAGGGUCAGUUCUACCAGGACCUCGACUUCUCGACGGCAUUGUCCUGCGAGAGACGGCCGACAAUAAUCGACCUGCCUCUCGCCAAGACAAACGACACGAACCUAGGAAUGAUCCCGUUCUGCUGUCGGAACGGGACAAUCUUACCUCCGGCAAUGGAUCCGGCCAAGUCGAAGUCGGCUUUCCAGAUCAACGUUUUCAAGAUGCCGCCGAAUCUGAACCGUUCGAUCCUUUCACCCCCUCAGAACUGGGGGAUCAAGGGGAGAUUGAAUCCGGAUUACAAAUGUGGUCCGCCGGUCAGGGUCAGCCCGAGCCAAUUCCCUGACCCGAGUGCCCUGCUGCCCGACACGGCUGCGAUGGCCAGCUGGCAAGUCGUCUGCAACAUAACGCAGCCGAAGGAUGCGAGUCCGAGAUGCUGCGUCUCCUUCUCCGCCUACUACAACGAAUCGAUUAUCCCGUGCCCGACGUGCGCCUGCGGUUGCCCCGACAAUACAGCUCGAACGUGCAGCACGUCGUCGCCGGCCCUGUUCCUUCCGUCGCAGGCGCUCCUCAUCCCAUUCGAAAACCGGACGACACUGGCGACGGCAUGGGCCGAUAUCCACCAUUUUCCCGUGCCACGACCCCUCCCGUGCAGUGACAACUGCGGCGUCAGCAUCAACUGGCAUUUGUUUACUGACUACAGAGGCGGAUGGUCUGCCCGGAUCACCAUCUUCAACUGGGACGACGUUCCAUUCGUCGACUGGUUCACUGCCGUGCAGCUCGACAAAACUGCUCCCGGCUUUGAGGCAGUGUAUUCGUUCAACGGAACUUCGCUGGCAGGCGUGAACAACACCAUUUUUAUGCAGGGGCUCGAAGGACUGAACUACCUGGUCGGGAAGACAGAGGGUCCCAAUCCGCAGAAGGAUCCCCGGGUGCCCGGAAAGCAGCAGUCCGUGAUCUCAUUCACGAAGAAGACGACUCCUGCAGUUAACAUCCCCAACGGCGAUGGAUUCCCUACGAAGGUUUAUUUCAACGGGGAGGAGUGCUCGUUGCCGAAAGUGCUUCCGACCAGUGGCUCGCAGAGAUUUGCGGCGUUGUCGUGGUCUGUUUUCUUACCGUCGGUGGUUCUUCUUGCUCUGGUGUUCAUUUUCCUGGAACAAUGAGACACGAUUUACUGAUAUCUCUAUACUAGAUGAUGACACUGCCUUCUUGAUUAUUCAUUCAUUCUUCUUCACUUAUACUUGUUUUGUAUAAUACUACUGGAAAAAACAGGCUGUUCUUCUGGUUGGUUGGUUGAUCCGCCAUUGUUGUAAUUACGAAGCACACCAAUAUUUUAAGCAGAUUGCUAGUGUUUGUAUAACCUGUAAGAUUCCAACUGUAUUAUCCAUCUCUUAAUUGGUAAAAUGGCCCAAU